AUGGGUCCUUACAAGGAUAAAUUUCUCUAUGAUAUUGUUCCAAUGGAUGUGUGCCACCUUCUUCUUGGAAGGCCCUGGAAAUUUGAUAGGAGAGCCCAACAUUAUGGGAAUAAAAACAUUUAUGUUAUUGAGAAGGAUGGAGUGUCUUAUACCCUUGAACUACUUCAAGAAGAUAUGGGUGUAGCUCAUGAAGGACCUAGUGUCAUGGUGGUGAAGGAGGAGGAUUUUUUGAAGGACCUUGAGGAGGAAGGAUGUGGAUAUACCAUUAUAGCUAAACUAAUCUACGAUACUGCAACUAGUGACAAGGAAGAAGUCCCAAAUGAAGUGCAAGGCCUACUUGACAAGUACGACAAUAUAGUAGUGGAGGAGUUGUCAAAUGCUUUGUCUCCAGUCGGGGAUGUAAGUCAUCACAUUGACUUAGUACCUAGUGCAAGUCUGCCCAAUAAGGCAGCAUAUAAGAUGACACCUCAACAAAAUGAGGAGAUCAAAAAUUAA